UUCUCUUUCUUACUUUCUGUUUGGUUCUCGGGAAAGUUUGCCAUUUAGUUUCACGAUACCAGCCAAUUUAAUUUUUCCAAUUUCGAAGCUGCUAAUGAAUUUUUUUUUUUUUUUUGAUAAUUUGUGUUUUCAGUUGUUCACUGAUCUAUAACCAUGGGGAGGAAGGUACUAAACGAAGGAGACUCGCAUUAUGACUUUGACUUAUUUGUGAUUGGAACCGGAAGUGGUGGCGUUCGUGCUGCCAGACUUUCAGCAAAUUUUGGAGCUAAGGUCGGGAUCUGUGAGCUUCCAUUUCAUCCAAUCAGCUCAGAAGUGAUUGGGGGAGUUGGUGGAACAUGCGUUAUUGGUGGUUGUGUUCCCAAAAAGAUUUUGGUGUAUGGAGCAGCUUUUGGAGGUGAAGUUGAGGUGAGAUGGUAAUCUUUUUCAGAAUUAAAUCUGAUAGAUUUCCUGAUUUUGCAGUUACAUAUUAGAGAAAAGUAUCCAAUUCAUGGCAGGAUUCCAAAUACAAAGUGGUUGAAUUUGGAUGCUGGGGGGAUUUAACUUGAUCAAACAGGAGCUAUUAAGGUGGAUGACUACUUACGGACCAACAUACCCGGUAUAUGGGCAGUUACGAAUCGAAUGAAUCUUACACCUGUAGCAUUAAUGGAGGGAACCUGCUUUGCAGUUUGUAUUCUGUCUGGAGCUCCUUUAUUUCUCUGCAUUUAACAAUCUUAAAUGCAUUGCCUGUAGAAAACUGUUUUUGGUGGAUGACCUAGCAAACCAGACUAUGGGAAUAUAUCCUGUUCUGUUUUUAGCAUACCACCACUUUCCACUGUUGGCCUUAGUGAAGAACAAGCAGAAGAGCUGGCAAAUAGUGAUAUUCUGGUCUUUGCAUCAUCCUUCAAUCCAAUAAAGAACACAAUAACUG